AUGCAAGGAAUAAAUUCAGAUUUUUUUAUAACUGAUAAUUAUUUGUUUGUUAAAAGAAACAAACUGCUUAUAAAAUAUUCACUAUCUCAUGAAUUAAUAGAUUUUAAAUCUACAGAAUAUCAAAUUAUUAGAAUUUUUAAUGAUUUUGUGUAUUUGUAUAAUGGAUCAGAAAUUUAUAAAGCAUCUAAUUUCUACGAUACAGAUUCUUACUACAAAAUUUUUGAAGAGAAAAAUAUUAAAGAUUUUUAUAUUUUCAAUGAUAUUAUUUUUUUUAUACACGAAAAAAAUAAUUUAAUUUUUUUUAGAGAAUUUGAAAUUACAUCCUACUGUUGGUCUGAAAAAUUUUUAUUUUUUUCUAAUAAAAAUGGACUUUUUAAGAUCGAUUUAAUUACCAAUUUUAAGUCUGUUAUUACAGAUAUUCCUGUAGAUUUAAUUUAUACAGUUGGAGAUAUAUUGAUUUACACUAAAUCGAAUAAAAUUUAUAUAAAUACACCUUCAGUAAAAAGAACAGUACACAAACACGAUUUUAAAAUUACUAAUAUGAUUUUGAAUGAUAAUCUGUUGUAUAUUUAUACAGAAGAUAAUAAGUUAAGCAUACUUAAUAUUUAUAAAGAUCAUAUUAGAUAUAUAAAUGAAUAUUCUAGUACAAACAUAAAAAUGUGUGUGUAUAAUAAUUGUGUUUAUAUUCUUAAUGACGUUGAAUUGAUUAUUUAUGACAUUGAGACUGGUGAAGACAAGAUUUUCUAUAAUGUGCCUAAUAUUUGUAAAAGUAAACUUGUAUCAGAAGAGAUUGAGAAUAUACAUAGUGUUAUUGUAGAACCUGUUUAUUUUAAUAAUGAUUUAUAUGAUUCAAUAGUAAUAUAUAAAAAUAUUAUAUUUUUAUUAUCUAAUGAUGAUCUAUGUUGUGUUUAUCGAUUUGAUAAAGUUUUAUUAAUUUUUUAUACUGGUAAAAGUAUUUGCGCUGUUUUUAGAAAUAGAAUUGAAGUUUAUAGAUUUAUAAAUAAAAAGUUAAUGUUUAUUAGAAGAUUGAAAAGUACUAAACAGAAAAUUGACAAUAUUUUGGAAGAAAAUGAACUUUUUUAUUUUAUUUGUGGAAAUAAGCUUAUAAAAAAUGAUCUUAUAAACAUAAUAAUAGAUGAAAGUUAUAAAUAA